CAUGAGAUAACUAUUACUCCUCUUCUUCUACUUCUGUGUUUUUCUGCUACUUCUUUACGGUAUUAGAUCUGAGCUUUAAGAAAGCUCCAACCAAUCCUCUCUUAGCAUCUACCACUGAUCAACUCUAUAGUUCUCCAUGGAAGCAUCACAGAUGUCAGAAACACAGGGUACUACUCCGGUAAAUUCCCCAGCCGAAACUCGCCGCCGACAACUACCCAUUGUGGAUAGCUCAACUGCUCAAGAUCAUCUCAGGAAAUGGUUUCCUAGGUUACCUGGAUGGCAGCUGCAAAUGCCCACCCAAAUUUUUGACUUCUGAAAAUGGUUUCCCAAUUCCCAAUCUUCUCUACACAAUGUUGACCCUUGUGGAUCAAAAUCUGAUGGCAGCUCUAUACUCAAUAGUUUCCCCGACUGUUCUUCCCUACGUCCUGCAUCUACCCACAACGACAGAGGUAUGGAGCACAAUUGCAGAGCGCUUGCAGCCCACCAAUAAAUCACGGCUAAUCUAGCUCAAGAAUGAGUUUCAUACUAUAUCCAUGUACAAUCUAUUGAUGGUACAAUACCUUGCUAAGAUCAAGACUAUUGUUGAUAAUAUAGUGGCAGCCAAUGGUCAAAUCGAUAAUGAAGGUGCCAUCCUUUAUACACCUUAAUAGCUUGCCUGCAACUUACCUUGCCUUCAAAACAGCGAUUCGUACUCAGUUACGGCCAAUGAAUCUCGACGAUUUUUACUCAUUUUUGUGCAACGAAGAAAUUAAUCAAACAAAUGAUUCCCUCGAGAUCGAUCUUAAUCCUAACCCACAACUAGCUCUCACAGCAAAUCAUCAGGCAACUCGUGGCCAUGGAAGCAAAUACCGUGGUUGUGGAACAUCUCAUAACACCUCAACCCCACACGUGGUGGACGCUCUCAAUCUAAUCUCUCAGUUACAUGUCAAAUAUAUCAUAAAAAUGGUCACUCCGCUUCCACUUGUUGGCACCGACAGAACUUGGACUACAUACCAUCCAGCCGAGCCCUUCAAGAAACUUCAUUCACUUGGAUCAUUGAUUCUGGUGCAAAUGGUAACUUCGGCCACUGGCGGUGAACAAGUCCUCGUGGGCAACGAGCAAUCUGUCUCGGUUCAACACUAUGGAAACGACCUUUUUCCGACAUUGGAGCGUAAGGCAAAUCAAGUGACAUUUAAGGCAAAAGUUCGAGAGGAUUAUACCCAAUUCCUACCACAACUCCAACUUGUCGUUCGGCAACACUUCCGACAGCUCUACUCAUAUCCGCUCUAACUUCAUCUCUAUGGAACAAAAGUUUAGACCACCCUCAUCCGGAAGUCAUUAGUCACAUUUCUAAGGCUAAUCCUGCACUUGUAUUUCUAACAUGUCGUCGAUGUGUGAGUGUUGCAAUUUUAACAAAAGCCAUAAAUUAUCAUUUCCUUCAGCUUCUUUGCAUUUGUACUUAUCUUUUUAACUAAUUCACUCUGAUGUAUGAGGUCCCUCCCCAAUUUUAUCUAAUCAAGGAUAUUGCUACUAUAUUGCCUUCAUUGAUGAAUUUUCUAAAGUUUCUUGAUUAUUUCCUAUGAGACACCAUCAAAAUGAUUAAAACACAAUUCCAAAAAUCCAUUAAUUUUUUUUGCUCCGAUGUAGGAGUUGAAUAUAAUGACUCUAGCCUCGGUGAAUUCUUUUCUUGCGAGGGUAUUAUCCUGCACAACUUUCAUGUCCAUAUACAUCCAAACAAAAUAGUAUCGCUGACAGGAAACAUUGCUACCUUCUUGAAACCGCUCGCACACUUCGUCAUAAUGUUGUGAUUCCCCUUACAUUUUGGGUUGAUGCUCUCCAAAAAAUUAUCUAUCUAAUUAAUUGGAUGCCAUCUAAAUCCAACCUUUUUUUCUCAGUCUAUGAACGUCUCUAUCACAAACAACCAAUGUAUUCUCAUCUCAAAAUAUUUGGGUGUCAAUGCUUUUCAUGGCUUGAGAACAUGGCUCCUCAUAAACUCGCACCUCGAUCCACUCCAGGCAUAUUCCUUGGUUACUCCUCGAAUCAUAAAGGAUAUAAAUGCUAUGAUCCUUAAUCCACCAAAAUCUUCAUUUCAUGGCAUGUAAUAUUUAGUGAACUCAUCUUCCCUCUCAAAUGCAACACUCCCACCACUUCCACUGUCUCACCUACUCCACUCAACCCUCCUACUACUAGUACCACAUUCCACCUUCUCCCAAAGAACUUCAAUCCUUGUACAUCAGCCAAAUCCCUCUAUCCAGCCGAACCUGAUACCUACUCCACCUGCUACCGAGCCGAACCCAUUACCUACCUCACCUGCUUCCCAACCGAACUCGAUUCCUCCCCACCUGAUUCAGCACUACAAAAACCACAAUUCCUCUCUCCCACUAAUUUGCCUCCAACACCACCCGCGCCUAUUACCCACCCUAUGCAGACCCGUACCAAAACAGGCAACUUGAAACUUAUUCAAAAACUAAACCUCUUCCAUCAACUUCAAUACAAUCCAAAUCUGUCCUCAUACGCUCUAGCUGUAAAAUUCCUGCAUUGGUGAUAAGCCAUGAAUGAUGAAUGCCAUCCCCUUCAAGCUCAAAUGACAUGGGACUUGGUCCCUCCCCCACCAAAUCAACCUGCAUUCAGGUGUCAUUGGACAUCCCAUACCAAGCUCAAUUAAAAUCGAACUGUGGCCUUCUAUCAAGCCCGCUUAGUCACCCAGGACUAUAAACAAGAAUAUGACAUUAGCUAUGUUGAAAUGUUCAGCUCGGUUGCCAAGAUGACUACCCUUAAAACCCUCUUCAUUAUUGCCUUCAAUAAACAAAGACCACUCUCCCAUUUUGAUGUUGUUGAUGCAUUUCUGCAUGGACAUUUAGCUGACACAAUCUAUAUGUAACAACCUAUCGGCUUCAAAGAUCCUCAGUUUCCCAAUCAUGUUUGCUACUGAAGAAAGCACUAUACCAGUUUAAACAACUUCCCAGACCGUUCAUCACUAUCUCCAUGUUUUUUCUCCAUGUCCUUGCUUAUUUCAAGCACACCAAAGCUUCAACUCUUCGUUUUGAUUUACUUUGAUGAUAUGCUUAUAGCGGGUACUAACAUGGCUAUUAUAGAGGACCUCACACAACAAUUAACCUCACCUUCCACGUCAAGAACCUUGGCCAAGUUUCCAUGUUCCU